UUAAGACGUGCGCUGUGCAUCAAUGUUUGAUCGUUGGCCUAUAACGAUUUCUUUGUGGACUGUUUGGUGUUUACAGCGCAAUUUGCUGUCGGAAAUAAUUUACACCUUCAGAAAGAUGAGUAGUGGAUUUGUGAGUGAGGCAGAUCUCCAGAAACAGCGUGAACUGCGCCAGCAAGAAUGGGAGAAAGUCCGAACAGAGGAUCAACCAAUUGAGGCUCCUGAGCCAGAAUAUGACAACAGAACCCUCUAUGAUCGACUUCAGGAGCAAAAAGAUAAGAAACAAGAGGAGUGGGACGAGUCUAGAAAGUUCAAGAACCAGAUAAAGAACCUGGAUGAAGAUGAAUGCAAUUUCCUCGACAUGGUUGACAAAACGAAAUCUGAUCAGGAGGUCAAAAUAAGGAAGGAAGAAAACAGAGAACUGGAAGAAUUCAGGAAGGAGCAGGCGUCGGCGGAGGAGCGGGCCGAGGAGCAGCGUCUGAAGGCGGAGGUGCAGCGGACGGCGGCGGCGCCAGCCCGGCCGGCCGGCACCAAACGCUCGCAGAGCCAGCUGCUGGCCGGCGUGGUGAAGCGGCGGGCGCGCGAGCCCGACCCGGCCCCGGCCCCGUCAGCGACGGCGGCGGCGGCGGUCGUGUUCCCGUCGGCGCUGCGCUGCGCCGGCGUGCUCCCCGGCGUCGGCGCCUACACGGACUCGAGUGACUCGGACUCCGACGCCUCCAGCGACAUCUCGUGGCCGAAGCCGGCCAAGAUCGUGGUCAGCUCGGCCAGCACGGCCGAGUCGCACAAGGGCCACGGCGCCGGCUGCGGCGCCAACUGCAAGGGAUGAGCCGUGCCGCCGCUUGGCGCGUGGGGACGGUGACCGCCCCUGCCGCUGGCUGUGCUGGCGUAGAGACGACCUGCCGAGGCUGUGGUGCGGCCUGUGAUGUGGACGCGCUCAGGUCGGCGUGGGUGGAAGGUGGAGCGUGGACUAUGCGGCGGCGGUGGAGGUUCGCUGUGCAGGAGAUCACGUGCGUCUCC